GUCUUUGGCGAAAGUAGUUCUUUUACACAGGAGACGACAUGUUCGUCGGCACUGGGGGGGGGCUUAGAUGACCUUUGUUGUCCAAAUUGUUCUUGCCGCGAAGACGGGAAACGCCAUCCUGCCAAGGUCACCGGUACGCGGUUUACAAGUGGUACUAAUAGCACAAAGGAGAUAUCCGUGCGAUCUCAGCGGCGGCGGGUUGUGACCCGCUUUUAUUGGCCAAAAGCCCGCUGGAGCUCUCCCCGUCUAGGUACAACUUCGAAGCUCCAAGUCCCAAGCUCCAAGCCGGCCGGUGCCUUCACAACGUUGUCCACCACACUUUCCGAACCUACCAGUCUUGACGUCGGUGAGACGAUUAAUCAGGACCACAAAAGGCAAGAGGAGAAACCAUGUCUUCCAUAACGCGAGUGUGCAGUAAUGCGCUCCGCGCGGGUUGCUGCCGCGUCGCGGCGCCGGCACCGGUCGCGGCCUCGAGACGGUGCUUUGCUGUUGCUGCGGCGUCGGCGUCGUCGUCCAGGUUUGGAACCACUGCGACUCGUGUAACGAUGGCAGUCGCCUGCCGGCUGGGGAGCGUGCCCGUCGCGGUACCGAGGCACUUCUCUUCCAAGGCGGGCGGGCACCACGAGAUCGCAGCGAACGGCAGCAAGCUCUGGACAUACGAGCAGAUGGCCGAGCUGGCCAAGGACCCCAAGGGCGUCGUGAUUGUCGACUCACGCGAGCCGGGCGAGCUCGAGCAGACCGGGCGCAUACCCUCCGCCAUCAAUGUGCCCGUCUCGACGGCUCCCGAGAGCUUCCACAUCUCCGAGGAGGAUUUCGAGGAGCGGUACGGCUUCCCGCGACCCGGAAAGGACACGGAGCUCGUAUUCUACUGCAAGGCUGGCGUGCGGAGCCGCGCGGCAGCCGCGCUGGCCAAGGACGCCGGGUGGACCAAGGUCGGGGAGUACCCCGGCAGCUUCAUGGACUGGGAGAAGCACGGCGGCGAGGUCGAGAGGGGCGGCAAGGGACCUGGGCAGAGGUGAGACCGGCUUUUCCUUUGGUGGCAGAGGCGACCAGAGGAUGGAUGGUCGACAGUUUGGAGCAGGGGCGGGCAAGAGCCAAAGUGUGAUAGAUAGAGAGUUAGGCCAUUUUCUGUGUCACGACGCAGGGUGGACGGACAA